AUGUUCGAUAAAGUGAGCCAUGGAAUCCAGUUCGUCCUGCGCGGCAUCCUCGUCGCGUUCAUUUGGCUCGUCAUUCUCCCAUACUUUACUAUCUGGAUCUGGCGCCUCUACUUUUGGAUCGGAGAAACAUUCGCAUUCAGAGCCAACGGACUGGAGACUCCCAUGUGGAACACUACAACAUUCUUCUCUUCACGGCACAACCUCACAGCCGCACCAUCGACGUCGUUAGGGAAGGACAAAGCCCUCGAUGGAAUCUCAAUUCUCCUCUUCCAGUCCAUUGCCCCAGAGCACCAGUGGAUUAGCAAAUUCAUUCUGGAUUGCUUUGAGGGCCAGAUCAUCAGCUCGAUUGUGGUAGUGACAUUUGUUGUCAGUUUCCUUUUUCGCGAGUGGGUGGUCCAGAACCAAGAAGCCGAGGUGGCCCGUGGACCUAUGGAUGAUGCUGCAGCACCUAUUCCUGGAGUCGAGGAUAACGCACCAGGAUUCAAUGUCGAACAUGCAGUGGAGCACCUCAUCGCGGCACAUCACCAAAUGGAGGCGCUUGUGGAAGGAGAAGCCAGCUCGACUGACAGCAGCGAAAGCGAAGAUGAUUCUGAUAGCGAUAUUGAUCAGACGCGGAUAUUCUCUCGACCAACAACAUCGUCUCCAACUGAUUCCGUACGGCCGAUGGAUUUCCCAGAUCCCUCUUCCACAAGGAUGACUCAACUCACACCGUCUAUCCAGGAGCCGCGACCAGCCUACUUUUGGGAGACAGACAACGCAGGAGAAGGAGGCUCAUCAGGACCUACAGCAUUACCACCUAGCUCGGUGAUUUCCCCUAGCGUGUCUUCAUCGACAUUGCCGGUUAUGCGACCCAGUGCUGAGCGGACACUUUCAUCCGACCCCACAACCGGUGCCUAUGCAUCUACCAACACUCUCGACAGAAGCGGUCGGAGGCCCAGUGCCUUGGGAGUUCGGUCGGGACAAGGUAUCUCAUUUAGAGCGCCCGAGGAUAUGCCAUCCUUGGAGGAUAGUGCAAAUCACCCUCCUCCCAGAGUCGGAUACGUCUACGACGCGUCUCAACAAACAUUUCAUCCUGAUACACGCUGGGUACCUGCAACCUCAUCCUCCGCGCCACUCCAAGCAUCAGACCUCGGAUUGACACCUGCACCGACGACAGGAUCGUUACUCAACAUUGACGAUGCCUAUCGCGCCAACGGAAUGCGCCGUCCUUGGGCUACUCAGAACCUCAACGGCGAAGGUCCUUCCAACAGUGAUAACAAUCAUGGUGCACAAGGGGAAAACAGACGUCGUAUAUAUUCCAAGGAUGGGACAUCACUCUAUUGGAAACUCGGCGUUCCUCUGAGCUAUGACAAUAUCUACCUGAACCUUGAUGGAGGCGAGAUGACCUAUACAGAAAAGGUACUCAGAUACGAGGAGCUAUGCAGGACGACAGAUGUCGUGGCAUCUGAGGCCCUUCCUAUUCGUUGGCGACCGUCCGAUGCGCCACGGAUACAACAGCCACCAGAGGAGAUGCCCGAGGCUUUGGACGCCCGAGCCAGGCAACGGCAGGAAAUGGUUCGUCAAAUCAACGAGCGCGGAAUCCGGAUGCGCCGCAAUGAACCAGCACCAGCACCCGUCCCUAUUGUCAGAGAUGCCCGAGCUGCUCCUCUUGUCCGACCCCCUCCUCCUCCACCGCCACGUGCACCACUCGCACCUCCAGUUCGAGCCAACCAGGACGAAGCCGAUGAUAUGAACGGGGAUAUGAAUGAAGAUGAGCUGGAAGGCAUUUUAGAGGUCAUUGGAAUGCACGGGCCGUACUGGGUUCUCCUACAGAACUCGCUUCUGAUGUCGGCCCUGAUGUGUGCCAGCUUGGGACUUGGUGUUUGGAUCCCAUUCAUGAUCGGCAAGACAACGCUCCUCAUGAACCCCUUCAACGUCCUGCGUAUGCCUCUUGAUUUUCUCAGCCGACUCACGGACCCUAUUUUGGACUACGUUAUCGACCGGAUGCUGCCGUUCAUUGGCACCACGCUUUCAAGUGUUUGGUCUAUUGUGAGCUCUCUCGUCUCCCCUAUCCUCUCGCCCAUCAUCGGAUCAUCGCUUGGAUCAGCUGUGCUGAAGCCUCUGGAUGUCCUGUACGACGAGCAGAUUGUGCCAUUGUGGAAGGCAUUUAUUGAGUCUAUGGUCGCAGGAGGAGUAGAAGUCCAGGACAUGUACCCAGGAGAUUCGCCUAUCACUGAUGCCGCACAAAAUAUCACACAGGGAUCUCUCGCCUCGAAUGGCACUGUGGUUGGCCAGAUUGCGAGGAAAUGGACUGAGCUGGCCUAUGGAUCUUCGUCGGGCGACAAGAUGGCCGCUGUCGCAAUCGGCUACUUUAUUCUGUUUGCAUUGGCUUUCUGGUAUUUCGUCAAGACAGAACACGCCUAUGGAGAGACCUUUGCCAAGAUGACCAGGGAUGUCCUUCGUCAGCAAGGCCUGAUCCUCAGGAUUGCAUUUUUUGUGGCAAUGGAGACGGUGGUCUUCCCAGUGUUUUGCGGGAUUGCCAUAGGAUUAUCGACAUUACCGGUAUUCCAGGGAGCAACAUUCGCCACCAGGAUAGUCUUUUACACACACUCGCCCAAUUGGUUUCUCCUUAUGCACUGGCUCGUCGGGACAGCGUUCAUGUUCAACUUUUCGCUUUUUGUGAGCGUUUGUCGCACGGUGACUCGACCCGGAGUGAUGUGGUUCAUCCGCGAUCCCAACGACCAAGGUUUCAACCCUAUCCGCGAAAUCCUCGAGCGGCCGUUCAUGUGGCAGCUGCGUAAACUCGGAUCUGGAGCCGUGACCUACUUGACCUUGAUUAUCCUCGGAGUCACAGUGCCGAUUCAGUUUGUCAAAUUUGCUAUGAACGGCGUCCUGCCACUCCGCUGGCCAGUUGAUGAGCCGAUCUCGGACCUACCUAUCGACCUACUUCUCUUCCACUUGGUGGUGCCUUUGACGUUUCGCUGGCUCGAUCCGAGCAACCGCAUCAAGGUUCUCUUUUCGGCUUGGUGGCGCCAUUUGUCUCGUUGGCUGAGAGUGAGUUCCUUCAUGUACACCACGGACAAUCAGCGUUUCUACGAAGAAGAAGGCCAUGUUGUGUAUCGUACCUGGAAGGCAUGGCUGUUGCGAUAUCGUCCACCCAUCCCCGGCUUAGAUCAGGAUGAAGAGGAUUGUGUCGGGAGUGGAGAAGAAUUGGAUAUUGACGCGCCCGUUCUGUUUGUGCGAGACGGUGGCUGGUACCGCGUCCCUAACACGGAUCGGAUUGUUCAAAUGAAGAACCGUCGAGUCUUGGUGCCUGUGGACGAGAACGGCAACGCAUUGGACCCCAAUGAUGAUCUUCCGGGCGAAGUGGACCCAUUGAUGGAUUAUCCGCCCCGCAAUCGUGACGAUCCGAGCCUGCCCGUUGACCCUAAAGAAAACACCGUUAUUGUCUAUGGUCCACCUCACCUCAAGCGCCGCUUGAUCGCCUUUCUUAUUCUAGUCUGGACGUCUGUUAUGACCUUCAUGGUCCUCUCUGUCGUUUCUCCCAUGGUUUUGGGAAGAGCAAUCUUUUCGUUGAAGUCGACGCGGCCAGUCCAUGACGUUUACUCAUUCGUAGUUGGCAUCUACUUCUUGAGCGGGAUCUGGUUUGCGGUGGAUUGGACGUCAACCAAGAUUCAUAUGAUCUACACGCGAGGCACCGGACCGAUCAACAGUCGUGCUGUUUUGAGUAUGCUCUGGACCGGAUCAAAGAUGACUGCUAAGCUGACGUACUUUGUCCUGGCUUUUGGAAUCUUGAUGCCGUUUACCUUGGGACUGAUGGUCGAGCUCUUUGUCGUCCUGCCGCUUCGGAAUGCCAUUGACGAGGAAGCAAACGUCAUUUUCAUGGUGGAUUGGGCGGUUGGUUUGCUGUACAUGAAGAUCAUUCACCGGAUCCUGACUGUCCUCCCCAACAACCGUUUCGCACUGGACAUGAACCGAGUGUUUGUUGGAACCGAUGUGAAUCAGUGGGAUGCCGGUCUGGCGACACGGCGAUUGAUCUUGCCUGUUUUUGGCAUGUGUGCGUUGGUGGUUGCGGGACCCUUUGUCUGUGCUUGGAUCGCUGCAGAGGCAUUUGGACUAGAAGAGGCUGCGCGGUAUCGGGUCUUUAGGCAGGCGUACCCAACAACGAUGAUGGUCAGCUUGGCUGUGUUUGGACUUUGGGAAUGUGCUCUGGUGGUUCGGGGGUGGAGUCAGUAUGUCCGCGAUCAAGAGUACCUUGUUGGACGACAGCUUCAUAAUCUGCGCGAGGAAGAGAUUCCGGCGGAGACCUUUGCCGCUGCCACUGGUACCGAGGUUGAGGCUGCUGUGGAGCCUAUUGACGAUGCAGCGGCAGAGCAGGAAGUCGAUGUUGUCGGAGAUGGAGAACCGGAUGACUUUGUCGAAUCGACAGGAAAGCGGAUAUAUGGUCGUUUCCAUUCGGGUUAUGGUCGUGACGACGCAAUGGACGACAACGGCGAGGGAUCAAAGGACGCGUCAGGUUCGGCGUACACACCUCUUCUCCGGUCAACCGUUCGACAAGUCGUGGACCCUGAGUUAGACCUAGGAAGCGAUUGGGAUGAUGAAGGGUCUGCUAGUCGGACACGGCCUCGGAGGAGUUUCCGGUUAGCGCAACAAGCAGCUGCACGCCGUGAUGAUUCUUAUAUUGAGAUUUGA